GGCUUCCGUGUCAGGCCGCAUGGGCGCCACCGAUAGCGCGCAUACGCCAUCGAGCGUCGCAAAAUGGCCGCCAGUGCCUCUGCCGGGUUAGCCGAGGAGACAAGCUGAGCGCUUCUUCGGGAACAGCAGUGUCGCCCUGUCACACUGCGACGGAUGAGGGCCGCGGCGCAGCUGGCCUGUGUCGUGCUCAUCGCGGCUCUCGGGCGGCGCCUGUGCACGCGAGUGGCUGAGUCGAGCUGCCCGCAUCUGGACGGCUGCGCCUGCAAGAAGGUGCGCAGGGGUCUCCGGGUGCUGUGCAACGCCACCGUGAAUGGAGACGUCUUGAGUGCGGACAUCUCCACGCUCAGAGGCCUCUCACUGGACUCGCUCAUCCUGGACCGCGUGAACCUCACAGUUAUUCCCUCGCGGUACUUUGAGAACCUCACAAUCAAGUCCCUGUCUGUGACCAACUCUCCCCUGCAGUUCACGCGGAACGACAGCUUCGAGGGAGCCAAGAUUUUAUCCACUCUGCACAUGGGACGCAACAAGCUGAGUGCUGUUCCGCGAGGUCUCGAAGCGCUGCCAGCCCUAAAGGUUCUGCUGCUGCGAGGCAACUGCAUAACAGCCAUCGAAAACUUCCCACCGCUCGAGAACCUGACUGAGUUGGACCUGUCGCGUAAUUGCAUUGAGAGCCUCAGGACUAACGACCUGGAAGGACUUGGAGGCCUGAAGAAAGUGUGGCUGGGCAACAACCGAAUACAGUACAUGUCGUAUUCGUUCUUCAAGUACACGAAAAAUAUUAUGUUCGUUGACUUGCACAACAAUUAUCUGAAAACCAUCUACAGCGUUUUUCAAGGCCGUGGACAUCUUAUGGAAAUCGUCUUGUCUAACAACAACAUCAUCGGUAUUGACCGGUUAUGCUCAGGAUUCACACCCAAGCUCAAAAUACUCCGUGCUAACAAUAACGGCAUCUCUUGGCUUUCCAGGGUUGGUCCUCACAACAUCGCAAUCGAAAUCAUUGAACUUCGGAGCUGCAAUAUAAGCGAAUUGCGGAAUGAAACAUUUAGCCAACUGUCAGAGUUGAAGAUGCUUGAUCUCUCUUUCAACGCCAUUGAAUAUAUUCCCGGCAACUAUUUUCACAAGGAGUCGAAGCUCAAGUAUUUUUUCAUUGCUUCGAAUAAACUCCGCAGCAUACGGGACACUUUCAAGGUGACGCGUCGCAUGGAAAAGCUAAACUUGUCGAUGAACCUCAUUGAAGACAUCGGGGAUGCAUUUAUCAACAUGCCGGCGCUGAAAAUAUUGACAUUAAGGAACAACCGUAUCCAAUUCAUUCUAGACAAUACAUUCAAAAGUAACUCAAACAUUGAACACCUGGAUUUGAGCGGCAAUAAGCUCGAGUGGCUCGGAAAAGACUGCUUUCAUCGUCUCUUUCGCCUCAGAGUGCUCCUUAUGACCGGGACAUCACUCGUGUCUCUCAACGGGUCGCUCCAUGGCCUGCCCUACUUGAAGUAUCUCUUCAUUCAUGACAACCACCUGGGAAGGCUGGUCGAUGCGGAUUUUGACGGCAGCCGGCAACUUUCUUUCAUUUAUGCGAACAGGAACAAUAUCACCAGUGUGCGAGGAGCUUUCAAGGGUCUCCACGAAUUGCACACACUCAGGCUAGAUGGAAACCGACUCAGAUCCUUGCACAGGGACAGCUUCCCACGUGUGCUCAACAAACUGAAGCGGCUGACGUUAGAUGGAAACCCACUUCUCUGUGACUGUCAGCUUACGUGGCUCGUGAGAAUUGGCGCUUCACUAGCUGCGAAGGGUGACCCAGUUUGCCACGGGCCUCGUUGGAACCGUCGAGAGAAACUUUUCAACUUAUCCGUAGGGAACCUCACUGUGUGGUUCACCAACUGCAGCCAAGGUUGCGAGUGCACCUGCUUUCAAGACUCUUCAUUUUCUGCAGCCAUUCUGGUCAACUGUUCUCGCAGGGAGCUGAGGGAGCUUCCCGAAGAGCUCCCGUCGAAAACGCGCGUUCUCGAUCUGAGCUGGAACCUCCUCAGAAAGCUGAAGAGUGGACUAGUUUACAAGACUCCAUCCCUCGCCUCAUUGAACCUUGCCAAUAACCUGCUUUCAGAGAUUGAAUCAGGGGUCAUUCCUAUUUCAACAAAACGGAUAGACAUAAGCAACAACUCCUUACGUACGUUUCCUCUUCGCAUGGUCUCCGAAAGGACAGUAGCGGCAAUCUGGCUCUCGGGUAAUCCUUGGAAGUGCAGCUGUCAAGACUACUCCUUCAGGCAAUGGACCGAAGCGAAUAGCUCUGUGAUUCAGGACUACAACGAAACUGUCUGCGCUCUAGGACAAAACCAGUAUACAUCCGGAAAGAGGUUCAUGGAGCUCGGAGAAAAAGACCUGUGCCCUUCACUGAAAGUCUUCAUUGUGCUGGCAUAUGGAAUUCCUCUCCUGGUAUUGUUGGUUACUGCCAUGGCCUCCGUAACGUUGUAUCUGAAGUACAAGCAGGAGAUACGGGUGUGGCUGUACGCGCGCGGAAUCGGCCACUCACUCAAUUGCAUCAAAGAGGACGACAUUGACGAGGACAAGGACUUCGACGUGUUCCUCUCGUUCAGCAGCAAAGAUCGGGAGUGGGCAUACAACGAGCUUCUGCCUAAGAUCGAGGCGCACGGCUUCUAUGUCUGUACGUACGACCGUAACUUCAAGGGUGGCUUCCUGAUCCAAGAUAUAGUCCAGGAGGCCGUAUCGUGCUCAAGGCGAACACUGUUGGUUUUGACACAGCAUUAUGUGGAGAGCGAAUGGUGCCGCUGGGAGUUUCGUUUGGCUCAGCACCGUGCCCUGCAGGACAACAUCAACCGCCUCAUCAUCGUAGCUGUUGGCGAGGUCUGCCCAGAAGGCAUUGACGAAGAACUGCAGCGGUACAUGCAAGAAACCAACUAUCUGCGUUGGGGUGAACCGCACUUCUGGGACAAGCUGCUCUACUCGUUGCCUAAGAAAGACGCCCGCACUAGGGUCAUCGCAAACGAGUACCCAAUGACUACAGUCUCUUCGGAAGAGGAGCACGGAAGCCCUGUGGCUGCCAGUGCAGUCGCGUGUUUGGUGCCGCAGACGUGUGCUAUGAGGCUUACUCUGCGGAGACGCAGUGUAAACUUCGUGAAAACAGUGUAUACAGAUGCUAAGAUGUUGCUGCCAUCGGUGACACGAAUGCCGCGUCGAAUGUGCUUAAUCGCGUGCCUUGUGUUAGUGCCGUGCUUGUUCCGCUCGUCAGCUGAGGGUCGUACGUCGUGGCGCAACGUGAACGCUACGUGCCCGAAACUGGAGCGCUGCGAAUGUUCCGUCGUCAAUCAGGGUGCUCUGACUCGCUGCAGGAACAUCUCUCAACCGCAACAACUCGACGCAGACAUGGCCAGGAUCGAGGGCGUCAUUCAUAGAAAGCUGACCUUCGACCACGUCCAAAUGACCGAGCUGCCGGCCAGAUGGUUCACAAACCAUACCAUCGUCAUGCUGAUCAUCGUCAACAGUCCUCUACGCGACAUCGGCGAAGAAGCCAUCCGCGCAUUGGGCCGAAUGUCACGGAUGCUUCUCGAAAACGACCAGCUGGAAGUCCUGCCUCGAGGUUUGACCGCGGCGAAGCAUUUGCGAUGGCUAGAGGCGCGCAGGAACCGCAUCAGAUUCCUGCAAGGCGCGCUGCCUUUGCCCGAUCUGUUCGAGUUGGACCUUCGCUUCAACGCAAUAGAAAAGAUCGAUGAGACGUAUUUGUCAGCUUUGCUGAAUCUGAGACACUUGCGGCUUUCUGGCAACAGAAUACGACAGCUGCCAGCUGCUCUGCUGAAGAAUACGAGAAAGCUGAAAAAAGCUGAGUUUCGCAACAACUACAUUGCAGAGGUUGGCGAUGUGUUCAAUGAUAUGCCUUACAUAGAGGUUCUCGAUUUGAGCUACAAUGAGAUCAGAGAUGUCGACAGAUUAUUGAAAGCGAAAAUGCCUUACCUAAGUACUCUUAAUUUAGAGCAUAAUAGAAUUCACAUUAUAAGUGAAUUUGCACCGUCGAACACCAUGAUCCAAGAACUCUUAUUGAACAAUAAUGAAAUAACCCAAGUGGAAGUCGGCGCAUUCGCUGCUUUGGAACAAAUGACCUCUCUUGACCUGAGCUGCAACAACAUAACCCACUUGAACGGGUUGGUGUUUAAUACAGUUUCAAUGCUCGAAUACCUUGGAUUAUCCGAAAACAAGUUGACUAGCGUGACAGGAGUGUUCGACAGGACACGCCGCCUGAAGGUCUUGAAGUUAUCAUCCAACCGCAUCAAGGACAUCACCGACGCUUUCAAGGGUCUAACACUACUAAGAAAGCUUUCGCUCAGGAGCAACCUGGUGACUUACAUUCCUGAUGGCACAUUUCGUGACAGCAUUGGCUUAGAUGAACUGAACUUGAGUGAUAACAAGAUCCAAUGGGUAGGAAAGAACGCCUUCAGAGGACUCGUGACCCUUGACAAGUUGCUGCUGCAAGACAACUUGCUUCUGGCGCUGAACGGUUCUGCGAGAAACUUGCCGAAGCUACGUUACAUUGACGCAUCCGAUAAUGCAAUCCAGUACCUGGAAAAUGGCGAAUUCGCCAACGAUGGCCGUCUGGCUUCCAUUCAACUAACUGCGAACAAUAUCAGCUAUGUGCGAGGGGCUUUCGCAGGAGCCCAAAACUUAGUUGGGCUCUACCUAAGGCGAAACCAAGUGGAGCUGCUGCGUCGCAGUGACUUCGCCAAAGUGCUCAAGAAGAAGUUGACGAUCAUCCUUGACGAGAACCCUCUACUGUGUGACUGCAGGAUGUCUUGGCUUACACGCCCGGGCGGUGCAGUGUGGGCGGGAAACUAUCCGACAUGCGUGGGGCCGCAAUGGCUGCAAGGAAGACUGUUGAACGCGCUCACGAGCGACGACCUGACCCGAUGGGAAAAGGACUGCGAGCUUGGCUGUCGGUGCGACUGCCGAGAAGACUCCCUCGGCGACCGAGCCAUCGCCGUCAACUGCACAUCAGCGGCACUAAACGGCGCGCCGCAGGUCUUUCCAGAGGGCACUGCCGAGUUGGAACUAGGCGAAAACCGCAUCGAAGAGCUCGGCGAUGCUCUGGUUAACGGUGCGCCGCGCCUGAAGGUUCUCUCCCUCAGAAAAAACUUCCUGACAAGCCUCAAUGUGACCAACUUGCCCGAAAAUGUGCGCUCCCUUGACUUGAGUAGCAACUAUAUGAAGCGGUUCCCGUACGACCUAGUAACCAAGCACAAACUGACGUCGUUGCGUCUUUCCGCCAACCCUUUCUCGUGCGAGUGCGCCGACUACCCUUUCAGACAGUGGAUUGAAAGCCACAGCCACGUGAUCACGGAUGUGGCUGACGUUAUGUGUGCUGAGAGCUCCAAUUCGCUGGUUUCCUUGAAGCCCUUUCUGGCAUUAGGACAGAAACAGCUGUGCCCGGGAGAUGUACCCCGAUCCAUUAUGUACCUGCUGCCAAUCUUGGUGUCGCUGGUGGUCGGGCUGUCGCUGUGGGCGGCCUACCUGCGCUACAAGCGUGAGCUGAAGGUAUGGCUGUACGCGCGCGGUGUGUGCCGCUCGCUGCAGUGCAUCAAGGAGGACGAGCUGGACGAAGAGAAGCUGUUCGACGUGUUCCUCUCGUUCAGCAGCAGGGACGCCGACUGGGUGCACGCGCAGCUGCUGCCCGGCGUCGAGGCGCUCGGCUUCUCGGUGUGCACCUACGAGCGAAACUUCAAGGGCGGCUUCCUGCUGCAGGACAUCAUCCGAGACGCCGUGGCAUGCUCCAGGCGAACACUGCUGCUGCUCACGGGAAACUUCGUGGAUAGUGAGUGGUGUCGCUGGGAGCUUCGGUUGGCGUACCAACGUGCCCUGAGUGAUCACACAAAUCGGUUGGUGAUCGUGCUCGUCGACGAGGUUCCCGUCGAUUCGUUGGACGAAGACCUCCAAGCGUACGUGCGAGCCUCGAACUACGUAGGCUGGGGCGAGCCGAACUUCUGGGACAAGCUGUUAUACUCGCUGCCCAAGAAGGACUCCAAGAGGAAGCUCAUCACCAACAGAGGAGUAGAAGAGCACGAGCUGCCCUAUAUCAUCGAUGUCGGUUAAUAAGCGGGCAUGAACGAGCUACGCUGGUGGCGUGAGAGAACUCACCUAAUGGGAUAUAUGACUGUGUGAUCCUAGUCCCGGUGCAAUCUUCCUUUGAAUACGGCCUUCGGCCAGCUUUCGAACUGUCGUGUCACACGUUCCAUUUGGAGGUUAAAUGGUGCGAAUAGUGUUCGAGGUUUAUGUAGUUCUCGAGAAAGUUAUUUCCAUGUUUUCAGCAUACGCGCAUUUGCGAAAGGCGAGAAGAUUUUGAGAGAAGGACGUGAUGAUCGUACCACAGGGGCAUAAUCAGAAUCUCGACACCCAGCAUGUCCUGCUAUAGCUGAUGUAUGUAUGUGCAAGGCUGAAAUUUUAUGAUGAACCUCAGCGUUUUAGAUCUGCCUGAAAAAAUUGAAAUGAUUGCCUAGCCGUUCCCUUGAUGACGCUGAAGGGAGUCUAGUCAGCAUGACUGUCAUCUGAGCUUGUAUUGAAACAAGUGCCGAGAGUUAUGGCCUAAGGAGUAUAUUGCUAUGAAUGAUAACCUUCAUAGAAGAAACACAGUAUUUAAUAUUUAUUUGUGCAGAACAGCCUCUGAAAACUCUGAAAGAGGAUACUGCAUAAGAAUCGUGCAGUAACAUUAUUGGCCAUGCUUUACCGAAACAUGUAAGGAGAAAGCAAUCUAAGCAAUCAAAGUGCACUGUGUUGCUUGUGUUACAAUGCAACAUAUCACCUGAUCAAUGACCGAUCUUCCGAGGUGGGUUGCGCCAGUAUAACCUGAACAACCAACCAGCCACAUCGCGCAGUACCCACGCUGUUUUUUUUUCAAUAAAUUUUCACUUGUUAAUUAAA